AUGUCGAAUCAGUUGGUGGGCACGGUGUUCGAGCGUGUCAUCCAGGAGGUGUGCGAUGCAUCCCAGGUCGAUUUCGAAGAAAGCGGCGUCGACCAGCAGACGCUUUUAGACUUGCGAAAGAGCUGGCAGCAGAAACUCUCCUCUCUGGGAGUCGCUCACUUCCCAUGGGAUCCUGCUCCCCCACAGACUCCUGCACAACCUCAGAACCAACAGGUUCUUCCUCCUACAACAACAGUCCCUUCUAAUGCCCCUCGUCCCCAACAGCAACAACAAAUCCACCAACAAGUCCACCAACAGCAACAUGCUCCCCCGCAACAACCCCACCAACAACACCCUCAACUCCAACAUGCACCGCAUCACCCUCAGUCUCUCCCUCCCAAUGGCCCGCCACUUCAGGCUCCCACUGCGGUCGGAGCUACCGGUAGCAAUCCAUUAGGACACGCACCGCAAAUCAAAACUGAACCAGGUCUGAAUGGUCAUCCUUCCUUGCCUCCCAUGAGCCAUAUGAUGGGUGCCCCACCAAAUGCUCAGUCGGCACGCGAACGCGCUACCAAUCUGAUCCAACAGAGAUAUGGCGCUGCGGCUGCGAACUCGGUCAGUCAGAUGCAAGCCCAAUCACAGCAACCACCCUUGGGAAUGCCACGUCCUCCUAGUAUGCAACAAAUGCCCAACGGCCAGAACCCUCAGAUCAAGCAAGAGCCAGGCUACCAUCCCGUACCACAUCCAUCCAUAAGCAACUCCCAGACAGACGGUGCUGCUGGCGAUGCGCUCUCGGAUUGGAAAGCAGAAGUCGCACGGAGACGUGAGGCCGCUGAACGUGAUGGUGGACAGAGUGACAGCGCCCUUCGAGCCCAUAUCAAAGAGCGCAUGCUGCAGUUCGAAGGUGGUGGUCUUAUGGUGCCUCUGGAUGAGCGCAAAUCACAGCCCAAGUCUGCCAACGCCUCUGCAGGCCCGUCUACAACGCCUAGGGCUCAAUUUGACGGUCCUGGGGGCGAUGAUACCAAGGAAGAAGACGAUGAAGAUGCCAUCAAUUCCGAUCUCGAUGACCCUGAUGACCUAGUCGCUCAGGAUGAGGACGAUGAUGACGCUGUUGGACAAGUUAUGCUUUGCACAUACGAUAAAGUCCAACGGGUCAAGAAUAAGUGGAAGUGCACCUUGAAAGACGGCAUUCUAACCACAGGAGGCAAAGAAUACGUCUUUCACAAAGGCCAGGGCGAGUUUGAAUGGUAA